GCUGCCGCACGCAUGGCGGCGCGGCGGGCCGGGCUGUGCAGCAGCGUUUCCCUUCCGCCGCCCCGCUCCGCCGCUCGGCCCCGCCGGCGCUCCGGGGACAGCCCCGCUGAGGGCGAAGGCUCGUAGGGAGGGCUGCGUCCCUGCCCGACCGCCCUCGGAGCGGCCAAGCUGCGCCUUUUCCCCAGCGAGGCUCAGCUCCUGCUGUCUCCAGGCCUUGCGCCGCAGCCGGCUGGAAAUGCCGUGUGGGGUUCAGCGUGUGUUCAGCUAAUCCGUGCUCAGCCCCGCGUUGUGAGGGGGAAAAGGGCAGGAGAUCCGGGCUGAGCCGGCCGUGGGGGCGGCGGAGGAGCGGCUCGCCAUGCCCACCGUGGUGGUGAUGGACGUGUCGCUGUCCAUGACGCGGCCGGUGUCCGUGGAGGGCUCCGAGGAGUACCAGCGCAAGCACCUGGCGGCCCACGGGCUCACCAUGCUCUUCGAGCACAUGGCCACCAACUACAAGCUGGAGUUCACGGCCUUGGUGGUGUUCUCAUCCCUCUGGGAGCUCAUGGUGCCUUUCACAAGAGACUACAAUACGCUCCAGGAAGCCCUGAGUAACAUGGAUGAUUAUGACAAAACCUGUUUGGAGUCGGCGCUGCUGGGGGUUUGCAAUAUUGUCCAGCAGGAAUGGGGGGCAGCAAUUCCUUGCCAGGUUGUGCUGGUCACCGACGGCUGCCUGGGCAUCGGCCGGGGCUCCCUGCGCCACUCCCUGGCCACCCACAGCCAGCGCAGCGACAGCAACAGGUUCCCACUGCCCUUCCCGUUCCCGUCCAAGCUCUACGUCAUGUGCAUGGCCAACCUGGAAGAGCUUCAAAGCACAGAUUCCUUAGACUGCCUGGAACGGCUCAUUGAUUUAAACAAUGGGGAGGGGCAGAUUUUCACCAUUGAUGGCCCCCUGUGCCUGAAGAAUGUGCAGUCCAUGUUUGGAAAGCUAAUAGACCUGGCUUAUACACCAUUCCAUGCUGUCCUCAAGUGUGGUCACUUAACAUCUGAUGUGCAAGUAUUUCCCAGACCAGAGCCUUUCAUUAUAGAUGAGGAAAUAGACCCCAUUCCUAAAGCAAUUAAUACAGAUCUAGAAAUUGUUGGGUUUGUAGAUAUUGCAGACAUUUCCAGCCCUCCUGUCUUGUCCAGACACUUGGUAUUGCCCAUUGCACUUAACAGAGAGGGGGAUGAGGUGGGACCUGGGAUCACAGAUGACACUGAAGAUGAGAAUUCAGCUAAUCAGAUUGCUGGGAAAAUCCCCAACUUCUGUGUUUUAUUACAUGGCAGCCUGAAAGUGGAAGGCAUGGUGGCUCUCGUCCAGUUGGGGCCAGAGUGGUAUGGAAUGCUUUAUUCACAAGCUGAUAGCAAGAAGAAAUCAAACCUCAUGAUGUCACUCUUUGAACCUGGUCCUGAGCCCCUCCCAUGGCUGGGGAAGAUGGCACAGCUUGGCCCCAUUUCAGAUGCAAAAGAAAAUCCUUAUGGGGAGGAUGACAAUAAGAGCCCUUUCCCUUUGCAGCCCAAGAACAAGCGCAGCUAUGCCCAGAAUGUCACUGUGUGGAUCAAACCCAGUGGCCUCCAGACAGAUGUACAGAAGAUCUUGAGAAAUNGGCCGCUUUCGCUGCCGCACGCAUGGCGGCGCGGCGGGCCGGGCUGUGCAGCAGCGUUUCCCUUCCGCCGCCCCGCUCCGCCGCUCGGCCCCGCCGGCGCUCCGGGGACAGCCCCGCUGAGGGCGAAGGCUCGUAGGGAGGGCUGCGUCCCUGCCCGACCGCCCUCGGAGCGGCCAAGCUGCGCCUUUUCCCCAGCGAGGCUCAGCUCCUGCUGUCUCCAGGCCUUGCGCCGCAGCCGGCUGGAAAUGCCGUGUGGGGUUCAGCGUGUGUUCAGCUAA